AUGGCUCUUCAGGAGGCUGCCGAGGCUUACCUUGUCGGACUCCUCGAGGACACCAACUUGUGUGCCAUCCACGCUAAGCGAGUCACCAUCAUGCCAAAGGAUAUCCAAUUGGCCAGACGUAUCCGAGGAGAGCGCGCUUAA